AAAAAAAUCCUUAAUGUUUGAAAUGAAAUGCAAAGAAAAUUUCUCUAUUCAAUUAACGAUAUUUUGUGCCUGUGUGUGUGGUGGUAAAUUGUCGGCAACGAUGGUGACGAUAGCGCUUUCAUCGUUUUAAAAAUAUCAAUCGUUCUUGUCCUAAACAACAACAACAACAACUAUAGAACAACUUGUUUGUUUGAGUAUUUAUCUUUCAUUCAGUUAUUCAAAAACUUGUACGUUCAGAACAUAAUUCGAAAGCAAAAAAAUUUCCCGAAAAGAGAAACAUAAUCAACAAACGGCAUUUCAUUUCGGCUUCGAAAAAGAAAUCUUUCUUUGAUGUGAUGAUUUGAUUUCAAAUUCUGGUCAAACGAAUUUUUUGCCAAGUUUUAGUGUCCUUUUUUUAAAAGUAUCACCUGUGAUCCAUUUUUUUGUGUUAAAAAAAUGACUUCAAUACAGAAAACAAUCGAUCAACAGCAGCAUUCUUCGAUUCAAGUUGUACGAACGAAAAAUAUGGAGAACGAAGAAGAUAAUCCAUUUCGUCCCGGUUCAGAAUUAAGCCGUGAAGCGGAUAUAAUCGUUAAUCUAAUCAAAGAAGGUAAACCAAUCACACCAACGGGUGAUAUAGUAGCCGCCACCAGUGCCAACAAUUCAAAUGUUGCCGCUGUCAACAACAACAACAACAGUAAUAGCCAAACACCACAAAAACAAAAAGAUGAAAUUCUAACCAAACAACAAACACAUUUAGUCAGCAAAAAUCCUGAUGAUAAAGAUGGUCCAAUAAAUAAAAUUCACAAUAAAAGCAAUAAUAAUAAUAAUAAUAUGGAACCUGGACAAAUUGAAAUUCAACAUGGAAUUAUUGUUGCAAAUAAUGUCGAUAAUAAUAUGACAACAGUCGAACAGAUUAAUCUCAAAAAGAAACGUAAAUGUUGUUCACUUAUUUAAAACCAACAAAAAAAUGUGUCAACAAUGGAUUCACAUCUAAUUUUUCUUAUCCCAAACAAGUUUUUAAUUUCAAUUCAUCAAUAUGUUAACAACACAUUAAUAAUGUCAUCA